UUUUCCCUCCAAAUCACCCCUCCGUGUAACAACGAGCGGUAUUAUGAAUAUAUGGGGCGAUGCUGCACGAAAUGCGACCCAGGGAGAGCUUUAAUAGAAGUGCACCCGGGAAACAGCACGUUCCAUCGACUCUGUGCUUGCAUAGCCGGCUACCACUGGAACGAAGACUGCGACUGCUGUCGGCGAAACACAAAAUGCCCUCUGGGUUCCGGCGUGAUGUAUCCUAUCCAAGAGGACAAGGAUGCAGUAUGCCUGCCAUGUCCCACAGGAUAUUUUUCUAACGUCUCUUCCUCAACUGAUGAGUGUAAAUCCUGGACUAACUGUACAGCACUUGGGGCUGAGGAAAAAAAAGACCAUGAUUACAACUAUCCCAAUGUCCCACCGCAGGCUCCUCCGCGGUCCCUCGGGCCGCUGCAGUGGGACUGGCACAAUCCGCGCUGGACCCUCAAAACAAACCAAUUAUUUUAUAUGCUGGUUGCUCCGCUCCUUCUUGUUGCCCUGGUCGGCAUUGUCGUCCUUGCUGUAUACUAUCGGAACAAGGGGAAAGUAUUGACAGCAGAUCUGCAGUACUGGGUGAGCGAAAUCUGCACGCAAAUAAAAGGGGCAAAGGAUCCCCCCACGGACACAUUUUUAAACACAAACGUGACGAGUCUUUCCGGUCUUCCGCUUUUGCAAGGAACUUACCUGCUGCACCAUGACGAAUAUUCGUUUUCCGACGACCUGUGUUUCCCAGCGGGCCAUGUCAUGUUUGAGAGCGAGGCAGAAAACGGCCACCUUCGUCAGGUUCCCACGGAAGAUGAGUAUUUGGACAGAAUUCCCCAAGGCCAGACUUACUUUAAGCCUUUACGGAGUCAACCAGACAGUACACCUCCAUUGCUGUUCUCGGAGCCCCUGGAAGUAGAAGAGAACGUUAGUUUAAGUCAGUGCUUUGUAGGAACGGAAAGCCUGGUGGAAUUGUCGGACUGCUGCUGCUCCGACGUUUCGUGUGGAGCGGACCUUUCCCGUGCUUCCUCUGACAAAGGCCCCCUGCCUUCUUGCUAUCGCUGCAGCUGUGACGACACGGGGCACAUCGAGAGCCGAGACACAGGUGGCUCCCUGCCAGCACCCACGGUGACAAACAGCUGCCCUGCCUGUGGCAUAUCGUCUAGAGAAUCUCCCAGGAAACCUGGCAACACUGCAGAUUCUUUAAAACAGAGUGGACCUUCCCCACAAUGCACCUGUGGCUUGGACUCUUCCUCUGGAAACCAGAGUGCCCCGACAAGCGGUCCUAGUGCCGCAGGUGAGCCAUCUGAUGGAACCCAGGCAAAGCACCAGAACGCAAAAAGAGACAAUGCCGGAUCAAACGGCAGCGCUCCAGAUCCUCCAGUGGCAUCUGGAAAUGUGACUGGAAACGGUAACUCUACAUUCAUUUCAAGCGGACAAGUCAUGAAUUUUAAAGGCGACAUCAUCGUCGUCUACGUUAGUCAGAACUCCCAGGAGGGCUCCGCGUCUCCCGGGGCGACGGAGGGCAACCUGGGCAGUCCGGUACAGGAGGAAAAUAACCGCUGUGAGACGUUUGCGGGCAACGUUCACCAGUAUAAGGAGAAAUGUGCAGAGAUGGACUCCUAUCACAGCACGGAAAGCGAAGGAGGAGCCGGCGGUGUGGGCGACUACAAGAGAACUUCGGGGCCGGUAGUCCAGGAAGAGACUCAAGACUGUCCAAACAGAAAACACCUUGGGAACGAAGCCUCCCAACCUGUACAAGAGGAGGGGAGACCAGAACAGUUUCUAGAGAAGGUAUGGCACUGAUGGGAAUGCUUGCUUGCCCGGGAGACAUGAGUCGGAUUGCACUAAAUAACCCCGCAGUCAUGUUGCUCUUAAGAAAUCAGGCGGUGGCAUGUGAAACCGCCUCGUACUGAUUCAGACUACUGGAGCGUCAAACUCAGUAUCAUCAGCUGCUCUCUCCAGGAUCUCAGAGAAAAACUCUUCCCGCAGUGCCUACAGCCAGAGAUCCUUUAACUGGAAAUGCCAGGAUUUGAACCUGGAACCCUCUGCAGACCUUGGGCUUUGUCCCUCUUACAGAUCGCGGGGACUGACCAGCCAGGACUGAGACCUUUGCUCGUCUUGGAGAUUCUCCGAAGCCCUGUGUGAAAGGACAGGGUAUUAUUGGAUGCCAGAUGGUGCGUCUCCUCACAACUAUCAGGGAACAAAUUGAAAUACUGGGGAACUCUGGCACGAUAUGUUGCUAGCAUUGCAUAUGUACCAAAAUCAGAGUGCGAAGCUGCCAAAGACUCCAGUCAACAAGCUUGCCUUUUGUUAUAAUGGUGGAUUUGGGGCUACGUACACACAUAACAUGGAACCAGUGUUCCCUCUAAGCUG